AUGAAGCUUCUCUAUGCUCUUGAUCGCAAGGUCUGGGAGGUGAAGGUCCAAACUAUCAUAGAGUCUAUUGGCUAUGAGACCCUCACCGUGGAUGAGCUGUUCAGCAAGCUCAAGGCUUCAGCGGUGGAGAAGCUCUCUCGAGCUAAGAUGGAAGGCAAUCAUGCUGAUGCCUCUGCCUCCAAGUCGAUGGCCCUGGUAGGCAACUCUGGAGCUAACUCUGACCCUUCUCCUGGAGCCGAGUGCCCCAAGAAGAAGUGUUCUAGGGAUGAGGACGACCACUCCAGGCACGAGGAGUACUGCGAGCACCGCCACAAGCACAAGAGUGGGCACUCCCACAAGAAGAAUGGCGGACGCUCCAAGCGGCACCACGAGCGGAAGAAGAAGAACGUCGGCAAGUACAAGAACAAGCAGGCUUUUGUCGCCCAGAGCGAGGAUCACUCGUCCACCAGCCAGAGCUCGACGUCAUCGUCUUCAUCCAGUUCCAGUGACUCCGACUCACACCACCACGGCGAGAAGAAGCGAAGCUCCAAGAAGAAGGCCACUGAGGGCUUCAACGGCCUUUGCCUCCAUGCUGCGAAGGCGGCCGGUUUCUGCACCAUGGCCAUCGACUCUGAUGCCGACGGAACUCCAUCCACCACUACAGAGCCUGCACCUCAGCCAGAGCCAAGCUCUGAGGUACGUCCUGAGCACCCCACUCCUGAGGAGUUGGAGGAUCUUUACACUGCUCUAGAUAAUCAGGACUUGAUCAUUAAGGAUGCUAAGAGGCAGUUUAGAGCUUUGAGACAGGAGCUGAAGGAAGUUAAACUAGCCUUAGAGAUUGCUCAGUCUGCCCCUAUUGUGGAGGAUUGUGUUGAGGAGGAUGAGUGCAGUCAGUGCAUCGGUUUGAUGUCUGACCUUUCCGAGCUCAGGAGCAAGUAUGAUGAGAACUUGCUCAAGCUCGAGGUGGGCAAGAAGGCCUUGGACGAGCUCAAGUCCCGGUCUACUCUCUUGGGUGCUUGUAAGGAGUGCCCAGCGCUUAGAGAAGAGCUUAAGGAGAAGAAUGCUGCUUUGAGAAAGUUGGAGAAAUCCGCAGUCACUAGCUCUUGCUCUGCUGAUUCUCCAACAAUUCCUAAACCAGCACCAGUUAAGGAUGGAAUCCUCACUGAGCCACCCAAAGCUCCACCUAAGAAUCCAGUGUGGGUUCCCAAGCCUAACCAUCUCAAGAACCGACUGGAUACACUCCCUCCUAGUGGUAAGCCAAUUCCUAAGCCCAAGAUAGCACGACACUGGUUUGCUUCCUUCUGUGCUAACCCCAGUGUCGGGCCAUUUGCCCGCUCUUUCUCUUCCUACUGA